UGGUGCUGUGUAGCCCCCUAGUUGCCCGUGUGUGGGAGGGGGCGCUGUAUGUAGCUCCCCAGUUGGCCAGUAGCCGCCCCCCAUACACAGAGUGAGAGGUGAUGCGAGUAGAUGCCAGUGUACAGUGUACAGUGCGGGGAGGAGGAGGAGGAGAGACGGAGCAGCUACAAGUGACACCAGUGUGUGCGAGCGCCGGAGCUGGGCAGCGGGGUGACCCGAACAUGUGCUGCCCGGUGCCGCUCCCUGACAGGCGUGCUCCCCGACUCUCGCAGGGGGAGCGGAUCGGUGCUGUCCUGACCACGGGGUGCAGGGGGGGAAUCUGACGCCGAGCACCGCGGUACCCACUCCCCGUGCCUGGCACUGCCCUCAACCCGAGCUGCAGCUGAGCUCCAUGGCCCCAGGAUGAUCCGCUUCCUCCUGCUGCUCUUGCUGCUGCUGCUUCCCGGGGCCGAGCUUUCUACAAAUAUUACAGAUGAAGUGGAAUCUUCUACAAGAACUACUGUGGAAGCUCAGUUUAACAUGACUGCGUCUUCCCAGCUCCGAAAACCAUCAGCAUCCCGUGGACCCAUAGUCAAAGCAGCUUUGCCACAUCCCCCACCUCCCAAAGACGGCAAAACACACCAUCGUGUAAAGGAUUCCUCCAGGAUGCCAGUACAUGGGGGUGGGAAAAUAAGUACUACCACCCACAUACACUCCACUCAUGUAAAUUCCACCCACAGUCAGCAGAAAAGCCCUACACAUUAUGUGACUCCCUUGCAGUCCACCAAAAGGCCAGAUACUACAAAGAGCCAUCAAUUGGGAGAGUUAUCUGCAAAGAGAUUGAAUAUCAAAAGACCACCCACCCAUCCUAGCAAGAUCAAGAAUGCUAUGAAGUCCACAAUGAAGUACCCAUCUGCACGAUAUCAAAGCGCGCCACAUGUACAUCUUAAAAAUAUGACGACCAAACCCAGUACAGGACGUAGCCAGACCUCCAACACUACCACUGGCCUAACAGAACUGUCCACCAGCCCCAAAUCCCACCGGGCUGUCACAACACCACUGAGAAAUACUUUCAAACUUGGUCAAAAGGACCUCCCAUCUGUAGCACAUAGAGUAAGACAUCUUCCUUCCAGCAAGCAGGCAGUGACUCUGGUCAACAGGCAACUGAGAGAAAACGCAAAUGACUCUUCAGUAUUUUUGAAUACUGUAGUAAAUAAUAAUUCCAGCUUCUUCACUAAUAAUCCCCACCAUAUUAUUGCUCAGUCGUCUUCAAAUUAUACAUCUGCCAAUGGGAGAAACACAAUGUUGUAUGCACUGAAUGCUCUGAACAGCCGAGAACUGAGUUUGGAAAACGUGACUGUGGUGCCUCAAGUGGAUAAGCUUAUCAACAUCUCAAGACCUGGAUUUCUUACAGGAAUAAAUAUACCAGAGGCACAUAAAUCCAAAAUAAUUCAGGAGUUCAAGUCAAAGGCAAAUGUAAAGAAACCAGAUAGAAAGGUAAUAUAUAACCAUACAGAGCCAAACUGGAGAGACACUGUCUCCUCAACAGAACUUUUUGGACACCCUCAAGUUGAAAGAGUUCUGUUCCAACCAGAAAUAACCACACAGGUCAGUCUCAAUGAGCCUACAUGGAUGGACAUGAUGGUCACUCAGAGUGAAAGAACUUUUGAUAAGCAAAACGGUUUAAAUGUCCAAUAUCAUGGACAAUCAGAAGUAGUUACGCAGGUUCAUAGUCGAGUAUGGGCAACAGUUCAGACAGGAGUAGAAACCCAAAGAAGAACACAGCAAGACCAGACCUGGCCAGAUUUAGUGGCACGCAGACAAAUUCAGACAAACUGGUCACAUUUACAUAGACAUAGACACCCAGAGCUAAGGUCACACGAUCAAGCUGAAAAUAAUACCUUGCCACAACAUAAGCUUACAUCACCUGCAAGAACAGUCAGCUCUGAAGUGGGCAUUCACCAUCAAAAACAUCUACACAACUACACCCGGCAACAUUCCCAUGAGCAUAACAAGCACCGGGUAGAUCAGCAGAUACAGACGACUCAGAUUUCCCUAGCACAAAUACAUCUAGGCUUAUACAAGACACCAGAAACAAAUAAACAGAUACAAUCAAACCGUCCAAGUCAACCAUUGUUCCAGACAGUGCCAACACCAGAUAUACAGAAUCAUACAAUCAUCCAAAAGAAUGGUAGUUUAAAUAAAGACCUAUUGUACAUCAUGCCUCACUUACGCACUGCACAGGAGAACCAUACAGAACCUGAAGUAACUACACAAGGUCAUUCAGAACCAUAUCCAACCACACAACCAAAACUAAGUUCACAGAGCUUACCGAACCUAAAUACACACAGUCAGUUUGUGCCGACAGUGCAGACUCAUUCACAUAAUGAAUCUUUGAUUACAUAUAACCAACCAGAACUGCAGAAACUAAACAGUUUGGAAAAAGAGAACCAAUCAGAUACAUACCCAAAGACAAACACAAGACCGUUAACACAGACAAAUCCAAUAUCAUUCACGAAGUACAAUGAAAACCGAACAAUAGCAUAUAACAUAACCACAAAUACCCAUCUGGUACCGACCAGGCAACUCCAGCCAGAACCAACCACACAAACCAAGCAACAGCUAACAAUAUACACCCAGCCAGGACUUAUAACACAAACCCAACCAGGGUUGACCACAUACUCACACAGAGAUGCACCCACUCAUAGCAAGCCAGAUGUAACCACACAUCCCCAACCAAAUCUAACCACACAGAGCCUACCAGAGUUAACCAUGGAGACCCAAUCAGCUCAACCCACACAGAGCCAACCAGAACUAACCACAAGGGUCCAGCAAGACCUAUCUAGAAGUAUCUGGCCAGAAUUUUACACCAAAGCAUUGCCUGACCUAAUAAGAAAGAACCCAUUGAGGCAAGUCACACAGACCCAUCAUCAUCUAAUCACAGAGCACCAACCACUGCCCACCACACAGAGUCCACCAGACCAUGUGACAUUAAUACAUUUCACUGAAACACAAACAGAACCAUUCACUGAUAGCCAGUCUGAAUUAAAGGACCCAAGCCCAACUUCAUGGAGUAGCACAGACUUUUCCACGCAAACCGAACCAAUCACGAAGACUAAGACACAAUCACCCACACAAACUAAUCCAGUUACAGUCAGCCAAACAGAAUUACCCACACAAACAGAAUCAAUCACAGCGACCAAGGCCGAAUCACCCACACAAACUGAAGCGGUAACAGAAAACAAGACUGGAUCACCUACGCAAACACAACCGAUUACAAAAAAUAAGACAGGAUCACCUACACAGACUGAUCCAAUAACAGAAAACAAGAACGAAUCACCUGCACAGACACAACCAAUCACAAACACUGAAAUAGGAUCAACCAUAGAGACUGAACAAAUCACAAAGAGUGAGACAGAAAUAGCAACACAAACCAAACCAAUUACAAAGAGCAUGACAGAUACAACCACACCAACCAAACCAAUUACAAAAAGUGAGACUGAAGCACACAUGCAAACCGAACCUAUCACAAAAAGCACAAUGGAAUCGUCGGUCGGAGCCGAGUCAGUCAGAAACAGCAAAUCAGCGCCAACCACCGAGCAUAAAACAGACUCUGCCACACCUAGUGAGACACUUCCAAACAAAGAGACACAAACAGAACCAGUAACUGAAUCGCUCACGCAAGCCAGCAAAUUGAGCCAUAGAAGAAAUGAAAUAGAACCAACGUCAUGGAGUAUGAUGGCAUCAACUAGUCAAACUGAACCAGUCACCAGAUCGGGGCCAACCGCACUCCAUUACAUCGAAUCAUCAACUCACAGAGGUAAAAUACCAUCAGUGCAGACCCAAUCAGAUCUCGGUGCUUGGGCAUAUCACCUUCAAACUACAAUGGCCAAGCCUGAGCUAAUUAACAAGGACGAAUCUGACAUACAACCACCAAGAAACCAGGCAACCUUAAUUCCUGCAAUUCCAACUAUCAGUGACAGUCAUUUUACACCACACUUGACACCAUGUAACAGGACUGAGGUUUCUAGCCAAAGGACUAGUGGCCAUCAAACUCCUUCUCAAGAUGGUAUGUGGGACUUGGGAGUGACACUAGCUUGGGAUUUGGGAGCUUUUUCUACCACGUUAAGAGAUGCUUCAACAAGAGACCAUUCUGAUGACAUUACCACAACAGGAAAGAAAUAUGAAAUUGAGGCUUCUAGGUCAACUAAAGUAUUAACCUCACUGCAAUCCAACACCUUCACACCUCAGACACUCGGAGAGAUGAUGACCGACCAGCCCGGGAGAGACCGGAUCUUCAUCGUAGAAGAACAGCAGCCCGUCUUUAAAGUGCAAACAAUUAAUGUCACUCACAGAAUGAAUACGGACCACCGUGCAGUGUGUGAGCAGCCGGACCCCUGCCGAGCGCUCCUUCUACAAGAGUUGACGUCAGCGUACAAGUCUGCUCCUGGAUUCGAUAAGAUUGAGAUUCUGAAUGUGACGCUGUCUGGGAUGGCCAUAGAAUAUAAAGUGCUAUUCACUGUGCGAAUAGGAAGUCCCAUGUCUGCGGCGCAGGAACUGGUCCUUACUAGCCCAACCUUGCUUUUCGGGUCCUCUGCAUCCUCCCAGAACACCUUCUUCUCCAGGAUGUACAGUGCUCCCCUGGCAGAUCGUGCUGAUCCAUGUUCAGAGUGGUUCUCUUGCCCCCGGGAAUUCCAGUGUGUGCCUCUACGCGAGUAUAGCGCCCUCUGUCUGUCACCCUGCCACAGUACCUUCUGCCACAACAACGGUAUCUGCGUUCAUCGCAAGGGGCAGGAGCCUGAGUGCCAGUGCCCAGUCGGCAGAGAUUUCUGGUACAUGGGACAAACCUGCGACUACCGAAUGAGUCACCAUCGCCUCGCCGCCAUUUCCUGCGCCAUUGUGUUCUGCAUUAUUAUUUGUGCCGCAGCUGCUGUUUUCUUCCUGGUGCGGAGGUUUCAGACACAGAUCCUCCAACAGAAAGUGGCACAGACACAAAGCAGUUACAGGAGGUUCAGUCGCUUUGAUGACGUCCCCACCCAUUUCUGGUGUCCCUCACAAACAUGGCUGACGGCCUCUGCCUCACUCAAUUCCCUGGAUAACCCGGCUUUCAGCAGCUCCGAAGAGGUGUUUCCACUGCAGGCCCUGGGAAGCUGCGUGUGUGGGUGCCAGGAUGGGUUACGGAACAGCGCCCCACCAAAUCCUCCACAGCCACCUACAAGGGCUCCACCCAGGCUAGAGACCAGCUGCAGCAGUGUCAAUGACCUGAUGAUCGACUCGGGGAAAGCAAGUGAUGUGUCCGUGUGCAGCUGGCCUAUGGAACCCAUCCACUGGACUCCCUUCCCUAUCCUGCACCAGCUCUCUCUACAGUCCCCGUUUCAUGCUCGCCGGCCGCACUCUUACUUUGAAGGAAUGGAGUUGGUCAACACAGAGCGGAGCUGGACGGCAUAGCCGGUGUGAUAAUGGUUAAAGAAGGGCUCAUGAACAGGGUUUUAUAAAGGACACUGAUGACGGUGCCUGGUCUCAACGCUUACCUGUAAACUGGGUGCUGACCCUGCAACGAUGGACACGACCAUAUGGGAAAUAGAUAUUUUAGACCUCGGAGUAACCAGAUCAUACUGUGAAUAGAACUAGUGUCGGUUCUAGCAUCAUGGAGUGAACUUAAAACAUGCAGUGGCUUGACGGUGUCACGGGAACAGCAGCCCCACAAGUCCUUGGUUGACCAGUGACGAUUGACAAGUCAUACACUGCGUGUUGCACUUAUUGUGACAUUCAUCAUCCCGUGUGAUUGCAGAAACUCCCAUGCCUUCUGUAGACUGCUAUGGACUAUUGCAUCAUGCCAUUACCAUACACUACCACUGUCUUGCAGAUUUGUGCAAUAGAUGAAUCAGUUAAUGCCCAUAAUAUAGCAUUGCUCAGUAAUUGUGUAGAAAGAAGUCAUGGUCCCCUAGACAGAAGGGUGGGCAGUCAUCUUCCCCGUGAAGAGGAUCAGAGAGAAACUGAGAUAGUCUGUGACGUGUGGGAUCCACACAAUGUUAGGGAGGUAAAAUAACCUGUUUUGUUAUAAAUCUAAAAUACACAUGCAAUGCUUUAUACAGAUAUUGUGAACAAACGUUAUAUUAAAAAAAAUGUAAAAUGUCAA